GUGUCAGAAGUGGCCAAAGAGUGUCUCAAAGUAUCACCGAAACAGUCGAAAGCACUGGAAGUGGUGGCGGAUGUGACUAAACCGGAAGACUUGCGACGACUUGUGGACACAACUAUCAAACACUUUGGAAAACUGGAUGUUUUGGUGAACAACGCCGGCUCUGCUAUUACGGCUAGAGUUGGAGAAAAGGAUUUCUACAAGAAUUAUCUGAAAGUAAUGCAAUUAAACCUCAAUUCUGUGGUCUAUUUAACGCAUAUAUGUGUCGAGCAUUUGGAGAAAACAAAGGGAAAUGUUAUCAACAUUUCAAGUGUCGCCGGGAAGAGAGCCUUUACCUAUUGGUCACCAUAUUGUAUGUCUAAGGCUGCGAUGGAUAUGUUCACCAAAUGUAUGGCCGCAGAGUUGGGACCCAAACGUAUCCGCGUUAAUGUCAUCAACCCUGGACCAGUUCAAACAGAAAUCUUUACGGCUAUGGGCUUAUCAGACAGUGAUGUUAAUAAAUUUCACGAGGGUUACUCCAAACUAUUGCCUGUGGGACGUACCGGUUUGAGUGAGGACAUUGGCGACUCAAUAUUGUAUCUAGCCAGUGACCAUGCUGCUUUUAUAACUGGUGCAAGUCUUGUAUCAGAUGGCGGUUCCAUUGCUGCCAAUGCUUUCAAUGCGGAAGUGCUCACAGAUUCA